ACAUCCUUCUGGCAGUCCCCAAGCAAAGACUGUGUCUGUGGCCCCUCUGCUGAAGGCUGAGACCAAAUGUCAUGGAGCAAAUUCUAUCAUACUUUGUAAAUUCUUGUAUCCGCCACAACAGGGCAAUUGCACCCAAAGUGCUCUUGGGUAUGGACCUGGAGCAUCCUACCUGCCAGCCAGCCAUGCCCAGGAAUUGCCUGGGAAAGUGCUAGCUGGCACAGAUAAAAUACAUGGAAGGCACAAUGUUCUGGUCUACAGGUCUGUCAGGUUACAUCAGUGUGCCUCCUGGACCCCUCAAGAGCUUGAACUUUGCCAGUUCGACAUUAGUUCUCCAGGAAAACCACAGUCCAGCUGCAUGCCUGGUGUUGUAUGACCCUUCUGGGUUGCAUGAGGAUUAGAAAAACCAUAUAAAGGGAGAACAUCAUCUUAGUGUUACCAGUUGGCCUCACUUUGAUCAAGAUGCAGGAUCAGAGCACUCUGGCAGGAAGAGCAGACAUGAGCAGGAUGAGGGCCAGGCUAUACAGCCCUCCAGAGCACCAACAAUGCAGCAAGAUCGUGGAAGAGAAUGAAGUAAAGAAGAGCUGCCGGGAACCCCUGCCUGCACUAGUGCUGUAAAUGUUUUCCUUUUCCUGGCAAACAGGGCAGCGCUUCAUACAGAAAGUCAGGUUUGCGUAUCAAACACAACCACCCAAACCGACAGCGUGACAAGAGCCGAUCGGCAUUCGCAUACACCGCAAUUCCCCAUGGAAAUCUGUCCAACCCCGCAAGCGGCCGAUUAGCUUUACAGGAAACCCGUCACCAACAGCCUGCCCUGUUGUACCCACCACCCAGUAAGAAAACUCCAAGGAGAAGCUGAGGACAAACCACAUCUCACAGGCAGUUCAUGGGGACUGUACCAGAUCCUCUGAGAUCUGCCAAGCUUUCCCUGGUCACAGCUUCUGCAGAGGAGGACCACCUGGGAAACCUGCAGUCUGCUAAGCACCAGCCCCAACUACCCAGCGGAGGAGAGAGGGCCAGCAAUGGCUUUCCGUGCACACUGACCGGCCCUGCUGGAGCCUGCUUGUUCGACCUGAAAUGCACGGCGGCUGCCAGCACACAGAGGUGCGAGCAAUGCCACGAGGACGAUGCUAGCCAGCAGGAAACCCUUCCUUCCAGGCUCGCCAGCAAAGCUGUGGAGGGGCGUCCUGCAGCCGUAGAGCCAGCCAGUUACUCCCGGGCAGCAGGCAGCCAGGGACCAGCAGCACCAGCCCCCGCUGCGGUAGGAGCCCCCUUGGUGGGGCAGGGGCCAGAGAUGAUGCCAGCCCCCCAGAGCUCCCGGCAGUUUGUGCAAGGCAGCCAGGCAAAACCAAGCUCCCUGACACAAAUAGAUGACUCUGCCUUGAAACCUCAGGGGACUGACAAUCAGCCAGCACUUGACGUGUUAAAUUAUUCUUCCCCGGGCGACCCUGUCAGGGGUAAUGAGUCCUGUCAUACUUCUCAGGCAAACCUUCUGCAAAGAGGGGAAAAAGACAAGGGAGCAGAAAAAACUGGUUCUGCUGCAUGUCAGCCAGCCUCGCCAGCAAGGCACACUGAAGCUGACCUGGGGAGAGACCUGCAGGCUAGCUGGGAAGCAAAACGCAGGGCUGCAGGCACCACGCAGUUGCAUCCCACAGAUAAGACUGAAGUGGUGCAGAGCAGUGAGGCACCAGCCCCGUCGAGCUACCGGAGUCCGCAUCCAGUACACAACACGGACCCCGAGCCGGGGAGCCCAGGCCCCCCCCAGCUCUCCAAAUUCAGAGAAACGGGUACAAUGACAGUUCAGCCAGAGAGCAGGUCUUUAACUCAGGAAGCAGCAAGCAGGACGUGGCGAGAUGCUGAGGUUCAGGCUGUGGCUGCUGUGGAAAGCAAGUCGGCCUCCACCAGCCCCACCAUCCUUGUUGCCUUCUUAAAAGGGAAUGCUCCUCCAGAGGAGGAGGAAGAACUACACGUAAUUUACCGAGGAGGUAUGGGGCUGAGCCAGUCUGCACCUACUGACAGUUUAUCCUUACAACAGAAGUCCCUGUGUUCUCCUGGUAUCACGUCAAAAUCAACUGUUGUUACGGCUGUGACUGCUUCGGCCCAAACGCAGCCCAUCAAACUGCCUGGGCUCCAGUCUGACGUCGUGUCCCCAGUGGCAGCAGAUAAUGCAAAACCUGUUCUUCCCUCCUCCCCUUCAGCAGUUUCCUCCCAAGGGACAUCUGUGGGUAACACUACAGUGAUCGGUGCAGCCCGCGACAGCAAGGAUGCUGCUGGCCUGCCAGUGGAGGCUCAAGUCCCACCAAAGCCCAUCCCUGUGGAGCAGCUUGCAGUUGACUCCAGUAAUCAAACUCCAGCACAGUCUGGGUCUGGCGCUGGUGAACCAAGCACCACUUCUGCUGCUGCUCUCCCAGGAUCCAGGAACAAUGUGCAAGACCCUGUCCACGAUGUGGCAAGCAACCGGUUACCUUUACUCUGUAGCACAGGCAGUGAAGUCAAGCAGAAGGAGGUCCUGGGCAGCUCUGAGCAGAAGGAGGUCCUGGGCAGCUCUGAGCAAAAGCCUGUGCAGAGUAAGGGUGCGAGUCAAGAGGAGGCCAUUGCUAAUCAAUCUGUGGUAAAACCAAAGGAAGAAAGCUCGGUGGUGCUUGAUCCUAAAGGAGGGAUGGAUGUCAGCAGCCAACCUGCUGCUGUCCGCGUAAAGGCGUGCUCAGAGGAUGCAGGUGGAAAGGAGGAGAGCAGAGGCCAGGGGGACACUGGCCAGGCUCAGAUGGCUGGCAGCCGGAGCCUGCAGGCAGGGCUGGUGCCCGAGCUGAGCGUGAGCUCCACACAUGCCACCCCUCCUGUGGAGACAUCGGCAGCUCCCCAGCAGCAAGGCUUCCAGGCCAAGGAGCCCGGGCGCAAGCUUCACACAGCGACUCCUGCUUCAGCUCAGGCCCUGCCGAACCUGGGGGAAAACAAAAAGCAGCCCACCCCGGCCAUGGAGGCGAAAGUGCAGGUGAAGCAGUCCAAACACGUCAGGGAUGUUGUUUGGGAUGAGCAGGGCAUGACGUGGGAGGUUUACGGUGCUUCUCUUGAUCCGGAAUCCCUGGGAAUUGCCAUCCAGAACCACUUACAGAGACAAAUACGGGAACACGAGAAACUGAUCCGGGCUCAGAACAGUCAGACCCGGAAAUCCAUUUCCUCGGAUACAUCCUCAAAUAAAAAACUGAAAGGGAGGCAGCACAACGUGUUCCAGUCCAUGCUGCAGAAUUUUAGGCGUCCUAAUUGCUGCGUCCGACCUGCUCCCUCGUCUGUGUUAGACUGAUGUGGCUUGCGGGGGUGCGUAGAUGUCUGUGGUGGUAGCGAGAAUCCCUCCCCUCAAGUCUCAAGUCCUGCUGUCCAGUUGUGUUAUUGGGGUUAUGAUGCAGCAACAGUGGAAAAUUAUUCCCCUUUGUUUUCUGAGUAGCCACAUGCUCCGUCAUGCCAUUAUUAUUGCCACAGCUGGUGUAUUGCCACAUUGUGCCCCAUCCCGACUACUGUCAGAUGAAAAGCUAGGUACUUAGUAAAAGCACAAAUUUAAAUUGCCACCUUGCUGCAGGGAGAGCAGCACCUUCUGAAAAAGCAAGAAGCAGAGGGAUUGUCAGAAUUAUUACGGGAAAUUACUUGUGUGCAUCACGAGGUCUUACACAAAGGGUUGGGCUGUGGGAAGCUGGGUGAGGUGACACUGAGGUUCAGCAGCUGUAAAGACCUAACGCAAAACAACCUUCCUGGUGUGUGAGACGCCCAUGCUGGGGCAAGUCCACAAAAAGGCGAUGGACAUGGUCCCACUCCUGUUGAUGCCAUGGGGCACUGUUCUCAUGUGAGCCCCAGAGAGCCAGGUCUUCCCCUCCCAUGGACACGGAGGACCAGGCAAAGAGGGAGGAUCAAGGCUGAAGGAUUAUCUCUUUGGGAGAAGUUAAGUCAAUGGGAUUUUGCUGGCUAGAAGGGGAGGUGAGAGGGAUCUGUUCUGCAGGCUUUUUCUGUCCUGCGUCAGCCACGCAGAGCAUAAGCAGGCGACGCACCCAGGGCAGGCGAGGCACGAGGGAGCACAUCGGUAGAUGUACCCGCGUCCAGGGGGACGGUGCCCUUAGUUGCACCGGGGUGCUCCAGCCAAGUCUUUCCAAAGCAGCAGGCCGUUCUGGCUCCUCAGCUGGGGUGGGCAGCCCCUGCUUCCAGCCUCCCGUGGUGCUGAGCACCUCUGCUCUCAAUCACUCUUUAAAGUGGUAUGGAUCUUUUUUUCUCUCUCCAGGGAUGCACAACAACGUUUUCCUGUAGGAGCCAGCCAUCCCCUGCAUCUGGGUCCAUGAGCCCACGUCUAGUGUGUUACACUGAUUUUUUUUCUUUUUAGGUCCUUAGCCAACUCCACUUUUUUUUUUUGCAGUAUUUUGGUGCUUUUCUUGCUGCCUUUCAUAAACCAAAUACCAUUUAUUUAGCCUGUGCGUAUUUUGUUUUACCUAAUGCUCUCUAUAUUAUAAACCAUUAUAUUGUUAACUUGAAACAUUUACUUUACAGAAGUACUGAUGUCUUGAGACAAUCUUUGCUGUAUUUCUAAUGUUAGAAAAGGUGUAGAAACUGCUAAUAAAAGGUAGCUUAGUCACUGUUUCUCCAGAAUUGUGCUAUACAAUAACGCCUCAAAUGUAUGUUGGUCACAUUUCUCACCUUAAUAAUGUUUUUCAACCUGGGAAAUGUGUUUCCCACUAGCUUUUUAUUCUGUCCACUAGAGCUCAUGAUGGGAGGCUGGGGAGCUCCUGCAGUUUGUAGAAAAUUUAGUUUUCAAUCCUGCAAAGCAGUGAGGAUUUGGAUAUUGUAAUCCUGCAGAGUACUAGAGUUAAAAAUAGGGGUUAUUUUUAUUCCAUUAAAGAUUUUUCAUGAAUCAUGACGAUAAUUUAUUUCUGUCUCUAGUACCACGCAUCUGACUUACUCUGUAGAUCUUACCCUUGCAACUUACUCUGUAAAUCUUACAGGUUUACACAGUGUAAAUGAGUAUUGAAUUUAUUUUUUUUUUAUUUUUUUAUUUUUGUCUGAAGCAGACCUGAGGUGGUCCCCUUUUAUUUAGGAAUUUUUUUAGUAUAUCAACUGCCAAGCCUUCAAAGCAGCUGUUAUGGGGAAUUUUUUCCCCCGCAGAGAGGUAAAAUACUGUAAGAUACAAUAAUUUGAUCAGUGAAAGGUGUUGCCCCUAAGUAUAGUACUGAAUUUACUCCUGGUUUUCCUCUGGUAUAUGCUUAGGGAGUUCAUGGCACGUCCUUGCUCCAUUUCUGUAUGUUGUGUCAAGUCCUGUCCCACUUGAUGCUGAAUUGCUAAUUCUGAAGUGCCACAUUAGAGUGUGUCUUCCCACCUCUGCCUACUGGGAGGAAACUCUCCUACCUUUUUUCUGUUAAUACUAUUUUUUCCAUCCCAUUCCUAGCAGUGGCAGAGAUGUGAGUUUCAUGUGAAAUUUUGUGUGGGAUCAAUAUUGGCAGUAUCAUUAGGUGAGGUUAGUUGACAAGUUUGGUGUCUCUUCCCACGUUGUGUCCAUGUCAGCCCUGAAGAGGUUCCCUGAGUUGUCUGCAGUGUUUGCUGUGUCCUGUCCAGGUCCAAAGCUUUGCAUUGCUCCUUUUGCCUCCCUUCUGCCCCCUCCCUCGCCAGCUGCUGCCCAGCCUGUCUUCCCGUGAAACAGUGGCUCUUGGCUCAGCUCGCGUCCUCCUUUCCCGUGUCCCCCUCACUGUAGCGUUGUGAGCCAGCUUACUCUGAACUGUCCCCUUACAAAUACGCUCAGUCUGAAUAUAUAAAUGCAUUGUUAUAUUUUUUGCCAGAGGAGAAUAAAUGGCUAUUGCACAUUCACCACUUUCCAUGAACUUUAUCCUUUAGCUUAAGCUCUCCAAAAUAUUUCUGGCUUAUGGGUAUGAGUUGCUUUAUUGAGAUCAAACUGGGCUUGGCACUGAGUGAGCAGGGGGCUGGGCCAGCACGGGAAUUAACUCUUCUUCAUGAGGGAUGGGAGAUCUCUUCUGGUUCCCUGCAGCUGCUUCCAGCUGUGAGUCUUCACCAGCCAGUCCACCUGCACCUCCCGCCCCACCCCGAACGAUUACCUUUCUUCCAGGAAGAUUUCAUCAAUACAUACAUACCACAAAACACCGAUGGGCAAGUUAUGAAGUGGAUGCAUCUGAACAACAGCAUGAGCAUACUUGGGAAAACUGUACUGGUCAGCAGAGCACUGUGCUUCUGUAUUCCAGGAAAAUAGGAGUGCAAAGACAAACCACAAAACGUCGGUGAUGCUGCCUGGUGGGCCCAGAAGGCCUGCAGGCAUGUGUUUGAAGCCAAGCAAUAACGUGCCAAAAACCAACACACAAAAAUGAGUCGAUAAUCACCAGCGCAUCUCAUGGAAAAUAUUUUAGAUUUUCACUUUGUCUUGCUAGGGCAGACUGUAGGCAACCUGCUGGUUUAAUACUGAUAAUUUAUGCUUUCUCCUGUGUGCAAUGUCUAGAUGACAAUGUGUAUCCUUGUAGGGAUGAUGCAUCUUUCACCAGCAGCAAAACAGAACAAUGUUUUGGGUAGCAAUUAGCAAAUAUUAUGCAUGUGAGCGGUCUUGUAGCAGCCAAGAAGGACUGUUCUUGGUGUCACAUCAGUAUUGAAAAUGAAAGUGUGCUUGGAGUAACGGUAUAGCAGGGGGUAGGGAGAGGUGAUGUGUGUGCCACCACCCUGCUCUUUUUCUCUCUGUGACUCAGAAUCACAUUGCAUUGGUUGGAUGGUUAGCAACCAAAGGAAAUCAAUUUGGGCUAGUAAAAAGAAGGUUGAAAACAGAAAGUAUUUUUCAUUCCCAAGAGUAAAAUCUGUAUGAAAAAAAGACCUGUGUUGCAGCCCAGCCAGUUGAAAUAACUCUUCAGUUUGGUUUGUUGCAAGAUCAGAAAUGUUGGGAAACAAGCUAAUUGUCAGGAAAUUCUUCUCUGUUGGCUGCAUCUUCUGGGAAUGUUAACAUGGACAGAACCAUUAAUAAAAGCAGUGAAUGAGAAUGAAAGAGUUACUUCUGGUUUCACUUCAGGAGUUUUCCACUAGGCAAGAUGAGAUAAGCACGUUUCAAUGUUGCCAAUACAAAACCUGUGUUGAAGCAGAAUCUCAUUGCAGGCAAUUUGCGAUGUAGUCCUGGAUUCAUGUGAGGUUGUGACCUCCACUACUGUCUCUGUGCACUCGGUUGGUACCUGCCAGCUUUGCGUUGCCUUGGGCACAAGUGCUGAAAGUCCUGUCUCAUUUCUGCUGACUUAGUUUGGAAAAAAAGAGUGGGGAAAGAGCUGGAGUGACAAGGAGGACAAUAUCUCCCUUUUCCAUUUCAGAGGAAGAAAACCUUCUUUUGAGUAUGCAAGAGGGAACUGCUGAGAAACAUGGAGAGAGAGGGACUGAAAUGAAGUAAAAUGAAGUUGAUGUAGGUACUUCACAAGGAAUUCCUGUUCCUACGUCUAUAAAGCCAAUGUUUUUCUUAAGUUUCACCCAUUUGUUCAUUCUGAGCUCACAGAUGUUUUCAUAUCGUUGGUGUCCCGUGACUUUUAGGAAAAUGAACAUUUCCAAAAGCUUUCUAUUUUGCUAGUAUGUAUAGAUAUAUCUAAAUGCAUUUCCACAAAACCACUAGGCAAACAACCUCAGUUUAUUACCGCUACUACCAUGUAAAAGCUUGUAAAAUGGACCCUUUGGAGAAGCAUCUUCAAAGGGUUCAGAAAAGGUGAAUAAACGCUCUAAAGAUA